UAUGUACAUUCAAGGAUUAUAACUCUACAAAGCUAUUUAUUGCUGUGUUUUGCCACUAACUACUGAUGCCAAUCUCUGGAUUAAUCCACAAUGAGCCAUAGUGGACGACAGGGCAGGAUGAGUGAGGCUGCAAGUUCAGGGGCAGUCAUUCUGGAGGAGCCAGAGAGUGCUGGAGCCACUUCCGGGGCCAGGGGCGAGAGCCAGAACCAGGCCCGGGCUCCGCUCCGAUGCCCAUUCUGGCCGCGGCAGCAGACGUGGCUCUGUGUAGUCCCUCUGCUCAUCGGCUUCGUUGGCCUCGGACUCAGCCUGAUGUUGCUUAAGUGGAUUGUUGUGGGAACCGUGCGGGAUUAUGUGCCAACAGACCUGGUGGAUGCUAACCGGAUAGGGCAGGAUCCAAUCUUUCUCUCCAAGCCCAGUGGAAUUCCCAAAAGCGCUGAUACUUCUACUACUACCACCACUACUACUACUAUUACUACUACCACAGCAGAGGGAGGGAACCCCACUGCCAAAACGGUGGGGAGAGGCAGGACUCGCUUUACCGCAACCACCACUGCUGUAAACCACAGAGGGGGUGGAGCUUACGGAAGCCAGGUUACCCCAAGGAAUCCUGGGAACCAUAACGGACGCCAUGGGUUUACUACGACCACCGCAGCGCCCAGAAGCACCUACACGAUUGGAGCAGGUACGGUCAGCCCAUCCCCACACAACCCCACAGUGCUCCACGACCAGACAGCCACGUGGACCCCUGAACACACCACUAAAGAGGCUGCUGCUACCACGACGACCACGCGUAGCCAUGGACAUCAUAAGACACCCUCUCCCACUGUGCCACCACUGCACUCGGAGCAUUUCAAACCGUGCCAUGAGAAGGACCUGGCCUACUGCCUGAAUGGAGGAGAGUGCUUCGUCAUUGAGACUCUGAGUGGACCACACAAGCACUGCAAAUGCCGGGAAGGCUACCAGGGAAUUCGCUGUGAUCAGUUCCUCCCCAAGACUGACUCUGUUCUGUCAGACCCAAUUGAUCACCUGGGAAUCGAGUUCAUGGAGAGUAAAGAAGUUUACAAGAGACAUAUGCUGUCCAUCACCUCUAUCACCAUGUCCAUCAGCCUCCUUGGCAUAAUCUGCAUGGCCCUGUAUUACCGCAACAAGCGACACAGGGAGAAGCUCCAGGCUCAUCUCAAAGAAAACCGUUCUUUGAAGAACUACAAUUCCAAUAAUGCCCCAGGAGAGGAGAGAGAAAUUUCCAGCAACAAUGUGCAAACACAUGAAUAUUGCAAGAGGCUGUUCCAGUGCCCUGUCACUGAAUCCUGUUUCAAUCACUGCAGCAUCAGCAAAACGUCCUGUAACACAUUGUUCAGAUGCAGUGGGACUGCCAAGCAACCUAAGAAGAGCAUCUUGUUCUACAGUCCUAGUCAAAAGGUUCAACCCGCUCACUUGUCAGCAUUAGGCAGGCCACCUUCCAUACCAAGAGGGAGACUUAAUCAGAUCGGAGGAUCCAAGUGUUCAGGUUCUGCCUACAAGCACCUCCAGGAAGUGGACUCAUCAAAAAAGGACUCAGAAAAAGGGUCCCGGACCAAGAGGCAUCUCCAUUACAGCAAUCUUUGCCAGGACACUUUCCUCCAUAUACAAACUUCGGUUCAGGACAACAAGGAGACAACACCUGUAUUAUUUCCUCGGGGCAGCACAAACAUCUGCAACUUUCGUCAACCAAUUCAGCAUCAAUACAUGGAUCCCCUAUUUUCCUCCGCCUCAAUUCCCAUCAUCCCCUCUCUUCAUUGUCAUUAUGACAUUGAGGUUUCCAGUUUGCAAACAAUGUCCAUUAAAACCAACACCACCACAAAGAGGGCAAAAUACAUGUCCUGCUCAGCUGCGCUUGGUCAACAACAAGUAACCUUGCUAUUGGAAGAGGCCCAGGAGCAAUUAAAGGCACUGGCUCAUUGUAAACACAGGAAACCCACUACCAUUUUGGAAGCUAGUGAGACUAUGUGCGUCCUUAAUGCAAACAUGGAGUCCAGCAACAUGGAGAAUGACCCACUCACAAAUAUCCAAAUCCUUAGUCAUUCAAAGAGAGAUCUGGAUCCCAGCAACCAAUGAAAUGCAAAGACAAGAUAUUGUAGAUGAUAUAUUGUCGAAGGCCGGUACAAAUAUAUGGACUUUCAUUAAGACAUUCUGUAUAAGAAA